UAAUGAAAAUACAAAAUUACCUUUUUAGGCUUUGACGAAAAUCUCUGACCUUUACUUAUUUAUUACUAUGUUUUCUGGACAAACUUAUUUAUUCUUAAAAUCGUAACGGGGCGCCGCCCACUGCUUUCUGUGUCGCUCUCGCAUUCCCUUCAGUCUUCGGAGCCGUAAACCGGAGUACUCCGACCAUUUUUCCGAGGGAAUACGAGAAGCUUUUUUUCUUUCAAUUCUUUAGUUUAACAAUCUCCUUCCUCUCUCUUAGUUUUCGGAAGAAUUUUUGGAGCUCGGUCAUUCAGAUCGAGCUGCUUUUUUGAAGCAUUUGAAUCGAUAUUUGAGUUUUAUUCAAGGUUUUUAGGAGAUUAAUUCUGUUUGAAGUUUUGUAAUUAUUUUAUUAUUUGUCGAAAUAACUCAUGGAAGGCGCGUUGAAUCUUCUUGGAGGCGCAACUAUUUGUCCUGCCUCUACGCGUUGCCAAUCGUUAUUGUCUCCGCAGCUUCAUUUUGUGUCGUCCAUUGCGCAAAGUGCUGGAUUGUACACAAAUGGCAAAAGAUUAUCUUGUAGACGUCUUGGUUUGCGAGUCAGAUGCGAAAGGAAUGCUGCUGAUGUGCUUGAUAGAAAAGUUACUGAAUCUAGAAGUUCUGGUGAUAAUGAGCAACAGUUUACUUGUGUCAUGAAGUUUGGUGGUUCAUCAGUGGCAUCUGCAGAGAGAAUGAUGGAGGUUGCUGAACUUAUACGCAGCUUCCCUGAGGAGCGGCCAGUGAUUGUUCUCUCGGCCAUGGGAAAGACAACCAAUAAACUUUUGCUGGCUGGAGAAAAGGCUGUUAGCUGUGGUGUUACUAAUGCAUCGGAUAUUGAUGAGAUGAAAUUCAUAAAAGAGUUGCAUCUCAAGACUGCAGACGAGCUUGGUGUUGACAGGUCUAUUAUUGCAAAUCACCUUGAUGAAUUGGAGCAACUUCUCAAGGGAAUUGCUAUGAUGAAAGAACUGACUCUUCGAACCAGAGAUUACUUAGUUUCCUUUGGGGAGUGCAUGUCUACAAGGAUUUUUGCGGCAUAUUUAAGUAGGAUUGGUGUCAAAGCGCGUCAAUAUGAUGCAUUUGAAAUAGGAUUUAUCACCACAGAUGACUUCACAAAUGCUGACAUUUUGGAAGCAACCUAUCCUGCUGUUGCAAAAAGGCUACUUGGUGAUUGGAACUCUGAUCCUGCUAUUCCUAUUGUUACAGGCUUUCUUGGAAAGGGCUGGAGAUCAUGUGCAGUAACUACAUUGGGAAGGGGUGGUAGUGAUUUGACUGCUACAACCAUUGGCAAAGCACUUGGAUUGCGGGAGAUUCAGGUGUGGAAAGAUGUUGAUGGUGUUUUGACUUGUGACCCUAAUAUCCAUUCAGGUGCAGAACCUGUUCCCUUUUUGACUUUUGACGAGGCAGCUGAACUUGCUUAUUUUGGAGCUCAGGUCCUGCAUCCACAAUCGAUGCGACCAGCUAGGGAGGGUGAUAUUCCUGUUCGGGUGAAAAACUCGUAUAAUCCUCAAGCUCCAGGUACUCUCAUCACCCGGAACAGAGAUAUGAGCAAGGCAGUGCUAACAAGUAUUGUUCUGAAACGCAAUGUGACCAUGUUGGAUAUUGUUAGCACCCGCAUGCUCGGUCAAUAUGGUUUUCUUGCCAGGGUGUUUGCUAUCUUUGAGGAUUUGGGCAUAUCAGUUGAUGUGGUUGCUACUAGCGAAGUCAGUUUAUCCUUGACCUUGGAUCCAUCAAAGCUUUGGAGCAGAGAGCUCAUUCAGCAGGAGCUUGAUCAUGUGGUUGAAGAACUCGAGAAAAUUGCUGUUGUGAAACUGCUUCAGCAUAGAUCGAUCAUUUCUCUCAUAGGAAAUGUUCAAAGGUCAUCACUGAUACUGGAAAAGGCAUUCCAUGUUCUUCGUACCAAUGGAGUAAAUGUUCAAAUGAUAUCCCAGGGUGCUUCCAAGGUCAAUAUCUCAUUGAUUGUAAACGACAACGAAGCAGAGCAAUGCGUUCGGGCUCUCCAUUCGGCGUUUUUUGAGAUUGAUGGACUCAAAUUAGAUACAGGAGGAUGCACAUCUCAAAAUGGUUCAGUCUCAGCUAGCAACACUGCGUAGGCAUUGUAGCCCAUUUUUCCCGUCUCAAGAAGGAGCCAACUGCAGCAAUCGGUAUAAUAUUAUAUUAUUGUCAAAAUCGGGCAACUCGAGUUAGUCUCUUCUAUUGGUUUUGAUUAGAUAAACUGUGCUGCUAUUAGUGUAGUAUUUUAUAACUAAUUCAGGAAAAAGAACAAAAGAAAAUUAGGAUUUAUGUUUCAUGGUGUACACUAAAGUUUCGUAAAUGUUUUAUGUGCAUUGUUAUGUCCUAGUUCAUCUGUUGAGUUUAUAUAUGUGAACUAAUAAAUAAAUUAAUACGUGCACGAGUUAUAACUUACAAUAAUCUAUUUUUCUAGGUGAA